AUGGCCAUUUUCGCUACACAAAACCAACUGGUUUUCACAUUUGGUAUUCUAGGCAACAUCAUCUCCUUCAUAGUCUUUCUGGCCCCUGUGCCAACGUUUGUGAGGGUAUGGAAGAAGAAAUCAACACAAGGGUUCCAAUCAUUGCCCUACAUCGUCUCACUCUUCAGCUCAAUGAUAUGGCUGUAUUACGCUUCCCUCAAGCCCCACGCCUUCCUUCUCAUUACCAUCAACUCCCUGGGCUGCCUCAUCCAGUCGAUUUAUAUCGCUCUCUACCUUUUUUAUGCACCAAACCAAACUAGGAUGGCGACCCUGAGGACAGUUGUGGUUCUCAACUUGGGUGGGUUUUGCCUCAUUCUCCUCCUUACCCAUUUCUUCACCAGUGGACGCAACCGGCUCCUGUUCCUCGGCUGGAUCUGUGCUGCUUUCUCUGUAGCUGUGUUUGCAGCUCCCUUAACCAUCAUGAGACUUGUUAUAAGGACAAAGAGCGUGGAGUUCAUGCCUUUCUACCUUUCAUUCUUCCUCACGCUCAGCGCCAUUACGUGGCUGUUCUACGGCGUCUUCCUAAAGGACAUCUACGUUGCCCUACCAAAUAUAGUGGGAUUCAUGUUUGGGGUUGUGCAAAUGAUACUCUACUUGGUGUACAAGAACAUGAAGACGAGCUCCCUGCCCCAAAUUCACGUACAGGCAGACGCCAAACUGCCCCAGCAGCCGACAAUCAACGUCGACAACCUAAUCAUUGCCGCCGCACGACAUCAUAACAACAACGACAACUGCACCAAAGACGUCCCCGCUGCCGCCGCGGCUUGCGCUGUGGCCGCCACGUGUCCCUUGCCCGCGGCGAGAGUUGACGAUGACGGUGAGGGCUUAGACGGCGUUAGCGACCAACAGCCCCCGCCGGUCGUAAAAUGUGAGGCUUAA